AUGGCGGCGUUGUUCAAGGUGAAAGCGCUGUAUGACUUUGAGGCAAAGGAAGACGACGAUCUUGGCUUUCCCGGAGGCCAAGUCAUAGAUGUCACUGAGGAAGUCGACGACAAUUGGUUAGAAGGGACAUAUGCGGAUGCCUCGGGAGCAAGCAAGUCGGGCAUUUUCCCGCGCGAAUUCGUCGAGAAAUAUGAGCCACCCGUGCCAACUCGCCCGACCAGACCAUCACGGCCUAAGCAGGAGGCCGCUCCCGUACCAGCAGCUGCGCCUGUGCCUGUGCCAGAGCCUCCGGUAGCCGCUGCACAAGAGUCGGACGAUGAAGAUGAGCUGCCAGCGCCUCCGGCUGCCUCCAAACCGCAGCCGCAGGCCCCGCCAGUGAAGGAGACUCCUUCUAAGAAAGCACCUCCGCCUGUCGCGGCCAAGUCCAAUGCCUUCCGCGAUCGCAUUGCUGCCUUUAACCAGCCAGCUGCUGCUCCCAUAGUGCCUGGAGGCCCUAAGCCAGUUGCUGGUGCUGGCUUUAUCAAAAAGCCUUUUGUGGCUCCUCCUCCAAUGGCCAACUCGUAUGUCCCGCCUCCGAAGCCUGCCGAACCCGUACACAAGCCCUACAUAAGAGAGGAAGACCCAGAGAUUAGGCAGAGACAAGAUGACGAUCGUGCUGCAGCAGAGGCAGCCGGCUUGACUGCAGCUUCUUCGGAGCAACAAGAGCAAGACGAGCAUGCGCAGAAGCCGCAAACUUUGAAGGAGCGCAUCGCAAGAUUACAGCAGCAACAAAUGGAGCAAGCAGCACGGCAAGGCGCGAAGAAGGAGAAGAAGGCUCCCCCGCCGAGGAAGCCCUCAGAGUCAUCCGAACAUGCUGCGGAAGAGGAAGCCGAGGUAGAGGAUUUGACAAGAGAGCGCAGUGCUGACACUGAGCGCCAGUCUUUGGAUAUGCCUCGAGAUCGUGCACGCCUUCCAUCAUCUCAGCAGCGCAAGCCAUCCAUCCCAAUGUCUCCCAUACCUGCAAUGCCUGAUUCCGAAUUAGUGAGCGACGGUAACGAGGCCGAUCAGUCUGCAGCAGGCGAGACCACGGAAGAUGACACCGGCACCAUUGGACCAGAGGACAGCGACGAGAAGCAUGCGCCGCUUCCUCCACAACGAGCUGCGUCAGCUGUGCAUCCUCCAAAGAAAGAGGCAGACGUUGGGGACGAAGAGGAUACCACUGAGGUCGGCGACGAUGACGAUGAAGAGGACUCUAUGGACGAGGAGACUCGUCGUCGUAUGGAGCUACGAGAGCGUAUGGCUAAGAUGAGCGGCGGCAUGGGCAUGGCUGGCAUGUUCGGCCCACCGGGAGGCAUGCCUUUGCCAGGCGCCGGCAUGCCCAAAAAGCGCAAAGAGAAGAAGCCUAGCGAGGACGAAGCACCAUUGUCGCCACCUCAGCCGGCGCAAAGGUUUCCGAUGAUUCCAGUGCCUGGUCUGCAACGGGUUACCAGCCCAGAAUCGAGCCUCGCAGAUCGAAAUCAAGCUGCUGAAGAGGGCGCUGAAGAAGCAAUAGCGCCGCCAUCACGCAAAGCGACUCAAGAAGACCGCGCUGUCCCUCCUCCGGUACCGAAAGAUUCACGCCCAUCGCAGGAACGAGGAGUGCCACCUCCAAUGCCCAACACAAGCGCUUUACCUACGCCUCGAGCAACGGCGCCAGAAUCGCGUCCUGUGCCACAGCCGCCGCCUCUUGCUGCCCCUCAAUCGCCCGGGCCAGGCUCAGAGUCUGACGACGAGAUGUCAAUUCUUGCUCCAAACACAGCGGCUGAAACGAGUGGCGCCGAAAACACAACCCCCCUGCCUAUCCGCACAAACACAGCUGGCGCUCCGCCCGUGCCUGGAUCUGCGGCACCUCAGUCGCCGGAGAACAGACGCGCUUCGUACUUUGGCAUUGGUGAGCCGCAGUCUGCCACAUCGGACAAGAGGGCCAGCCGACCGCCUCCUCCAGUGCCUGCUUGCAGCCCUUUAACCUCCCCCCGACCGGCGCCUCCUCCGCCACCAUCUCAAGGGCCAAGCAGGGCUGUUACAGCUCUUCAGCAGGAAGGCGAUGAGCGCGGCGAGAGUGACUAUGAAGGCGACUACGACACUGAUAUUGCUUCAAGCGCGAAACACAAGGACGCCUUGAAAGCACACAUUCGGGAUGACAGUUAUGAUGGCAGCAUCACGGCAGACGAUCUCAGCUCACCCACUGCUCCAAGAGCUGUCCCUCCGCCGCCACCCUCUCAAGCACCACCAAAAUCGCGUCCUUCAAUGGACGCGCCUAGAGCUGCUCCUCCUGUGCCUCCUAGCCGUCCUAUACCUGACUCUGUUGGUGCGCUUGAUGGGGAUGAGUAUGAUCCAUACCGAUAUGAGCCUGGACAGCAGCGGGGUGCGCCGCCACCUGUCCCAAGCGCUGCUCCGAUGCCGCCUCGAGGGCCCGAGCGUCGUGAAAGCUCUGCUGACGACCUGUAUGCCACAUCGCCUCCUCGCAAGUCGAUGGAUCAGCCUGCACGAGCAGUGCCUGCCCCGCCGCCUACCGACACUGCGUCACGAGCGCCACCAAGGCAAUCCCUGGACGUGCACAGAUCGAACACUACUCGACGCUCUAUGGACCAACCGCGGCCAUCGGGCGAUAAUGGCCAAAUGGCUCAAGACGUUGACUUGGCUGAGAACACUACCUGGUGGGCAGCCGCUAAGGCACUGCCACCUAGCUUACAAAGCAGAAAUGGUGUGGACAUUCUUUCCGAGUCUGAGGAGUCGACAACAUCAAAACGUGGCGGGCGCUCCACGGUAUCAAAGGAAAUCUACAUUUUGUACUUGGACUACAGCCAGACGAUAAUCACUGCGCGUUAUGACGCAAGUAAUCCUGCAGAUGUCCAGCUUGAGCAGCAGCACAGACCUCCGCCACCAAAGCUCAGACAGGAUCAGCUCGAGGCCUACUGGAACCAGUUUGGACGCAACAUCUCCGAAGCCGUCAAUUCUCUUGGCCACAGUAAGAAGGACACCACGGUAGGCGAUGGUACGCCUGCUUCACUCCCAGCCGACCUAAUCAAGGCCAAUCCUGCUGCCCUCCUACCCAUCGGCAACAAGGCGUACGGCGCUGUCGUCUAUGCCAACCUCGCGAACGCUUCUACUCAGCAAUUCGACGAGAUCCGUCCUGGGGAUAUCGUGACGCUAAGAAAUGCGCGCUUCGAAGGCACCCAUGGCGCCAUGAAGCAUAAAUACAGGGACGAAUACGGCCCUCUGCACGUCGCCGUUGUGGAGGAGUGGGACGGUACGAGACGAGCGAUCCGUGCUUGGGAGCAAGGUCGUUCAAAGUCUAAGGUCAGGAGUGAGAAAUUCAGACUUGGUGAUCUCAGGUCUGGAGAGGUGAAAGUUUGGAGAGUUGUCGGACGGGAUUGGGUUGAAUGGGAGACGAGCAGUUGA